GAUGAAUCAUACAAUACAGACUUCAUCAGUGAUGAAUGAUACAAUACAGACUUCAUCAGCGAUGAGUUCCACGAUAGAGUCUUUCCUAGUGAUGAAUGAUACAAUGCAGACUUUACCAGUUAUGAGUUCCAUGAUAGAGUCUUUCCCAAUGAUGAAUGAUACAAUGCAGACUUUACCAGUUAUGAGUUCCAUGAUAGAGUCUUUCCCAAUGAUGAAUGAUACAAUGCAGACUUUACCAGUUAUGAGUUCCAUGAUAGAGUCUUCACCAGUGACGAAUGAUACAAUACAGACUUCACCAGUGAUGAAUGAUACAGUACAGACUUCACCAGUGAUGAGUUCCAUGAUAGAGUCUUCCCUCGGGAUGAAUGAUACAAUACAGACUUCAUCAGUUACGAGUUUCACGAUAGAGUCUUUCCUGGUGAUGAAUGACACAAUACAGACUUCACCAGUGAUGAGUUCCGUUGUAGAGGCUUCAUCAUUAACGAAUGCUACAAUACAGACUUCACCAGGGUGGAGUUCCACGAUAGAGUCUUCCCUGGUGAUGAAUGAUACAAUACAGACUGCACCAGUGAUGAAUCAUACAAUACAGACUUCAUCAGUGAUGAAUGAUACAAUACAUACUUCAUCAGCGAUGAGUUCCACGAUAGAGUCUUUCCUAGUGAUGAAUGAUACAAUGCAGACUUUACCAGUUAUGAGUUCCAUGAUAGAGUCUUUCCCAAUGAUGAAUGAUACAAUACAGACUUCACCAGUGAUGAGUUCCACAAAAGAGUCGUCAUCAUUGACCAAUGAUACAAUACAGACUUCACCAGUGAUAAGUUCCACGAUAGAGUCUUUCGUGAUGAUUAAUGAUACAAUACAUACUUCACCAGUGAUGAAUGAUACACUACAGACUUCACCAUUUACGAGUUCCACGAUAGAGUCUUCCCCAGUGAUGAAUGAUACAAUACAGACUUCACCAGUGAUGAGUUCCAAGAUAAUAAAGACUUCACCAGUGUUGAGUUCCACAAAAGAGUCGUCAUCAUUGACGAAUGAUACAAUACAGACUUCACCAGUGAUAAGUUCCAUGAUAGAGUCUUCCCUCGGGAUGAAUGAUACAAUACAGACUUCAUCAGUUACGAGUUUCACGAUAGAGUCUUUCCUGGUGAUGAAUGACACAAUACAGACUUCACCAGUGAUGAGUUCCAUUGUAGAGGCUUUAUCAUUAACGAAUGCUACAAUACAGACUUCACCAGGGUGGAGUUCCACGAUAGAGUCUUCCCUGGUGAUGAAUGAUACAAUACAGACUUUACGAGUUCCACGAUAG